CGGCUGGCUGCGCGUCAUUCUCUUCCUCUUCCGGUGCUCGUGCUCGUGCUCGUGCUCUCCGCCCUCCCCCUCCGCCACUUCGCGCGGAACGGAACCCAGGCCGCCGCCGACCCAGCCACCGCUAGGCGUCUAGGCGACCGCGCGGCAUGGUGGCGCUUUUACACUACCUAUGCUAGUUUGCCUGAUGCUACAUUUCCACGAUGGUUAAGCUGACUAUGAUAGCGCGUGUCACUGAUGGCCUUCCAUUGUCGGAGGGAUUAGAUGAUAGUCGGGAUCUCAAAGAUGCUGACUUCUACAAGCAGCAAGCAAAACUGUUGUUCAAGAACUUGUCCAGAGGGCAGCAUGAGGCGUCAAGGAUGUCAAUUGAGACAGGACCGUACCUUUUCCACUACAUCAUUGAAGGCCGUGUUUGCUAUUUGACUUUGUGUGACCGUUCUUAUCCCAAGAAACUUGCAUUCCAGUAUCUCGAAGAUCUCAAAAAUGAAUUUGAGAAAGUCAAUGGCAGCCAAAUUGAAACUGCUGCAAGGCCAUAUGCAUUUAUUAAAUUUGAUGCAUUCAUACAGAAGACCAAGAAACUGUAUUUGGAUACCAGAACACAGAGGAACCUUGCUAAGCUGAACGAUGAGCUCUAUGAGGUGCACCAGAUCAUGACUCGCAAUGUUCAAGAAGUUCUCGGUGUUGGUGAAAAACUAGACCAGGUGAGUGAGAUGUCAAGUAGGUUGACUUCGGAUACUAGAAUCUAUGCAGAGAAGGCGAAAGAUCUCAAUCGCCAGGCAUUGAUUCGUAAAUAUGCCCCCGUUGCUAUUGUGAUUGGGAUAGUAGUGAUGCUCUUCUGGGUGAAGAACAAGAUAUGGUGACUGGUGCCAUCUUGCGUUCACAGUUAUCAUGCUGGAACCAGCUGAGUUGUCUUGUCUUCCCUCGUGCAACCAUAUGUUUGAUCGUGGUUCCAAAAAGAAAAGAAAGAUGGCUCGAUGGUUUAUCCCGCAUCUGCCGAUUCAAGCGACUACUUUAGCUAUCAAAAGCAAAACCACGGUAGUAGAGAUAGCCUUGGAACUGCACAUUUCUAUUAACUGGACAUGUAUAAUAGUUCUCGUGAGCGCACACCAUGUAAUCGUCGAAAUUCAUCCAUGUGUUGUGACAUUUUUUGAGCACAGUUGAACAUGUGGUGGAGCCUGGAGGCAGGUCAUUCUCAGCCCAA